AUGGACGAGGUCAAGUUUCCCAAGAACUUUGUCCUAUCUCGGGACAAUAUUCAUGCAAUCGUCGACGCCUUUUCAGCUGGUCGUUCAGUAUCUGAAGCUGCUGCGGAAGUGGUUCAAGCUACUUCCUCCAAGAAGGUUAGCCGAUCUCCAGCCAAAGUUCCCUCUCAAGCUGCAAAGCCGAGCUCUCGCAGCUCCAAGUCAUCCAGGCCAUCUGGCCGUGGCGGACCGAGCUCGCCUUUGGAGUCUGCCGAAGGGUCUGGGUCUGCUCCAGCCUCCUCAGAGGCCGUGAUAGAGGCUUCCUUGGUUAUCACGGAGCAGACUUCUGUUGUUGAGCAGGUGGAGCGGGGUACUGCCCACUCUCCUGAGAAGGUAUCUGGGGGUAAAGACAAGGAGGAUUCCGGGACAGGACUGGAGAUCGUCCUUAUUGAGGACCGAACUCCAGAGGAUCUCACCCAAGAUGCCCCUGCCCCUGUGAGGACUGAACCUGAGGGUUCUGGGGUCGUUCCAGCAAAGACCGGGGACAAGCGCCCAGCUCCUCCGAGAACGUCUGUCCCAUCUCCAGCUAGGAAGAAAUCCAGGGCUACUACAGGGUCUUCCAUGGCUCUUCCUCCCAUUGGGAAAGGAAAAAGUGCUGCUGCCGAGCUUCCGUUACCUUCCUCUGGCAACGCUUUGAAAGCGUCGGACAUUACCUCUGAGUCUCCAGCCAGUGCUGUUGCUGACCUGCUCAGAAUGCAGAUGUUCGGCGGGGUUACACAAGCUUCGGAUCCCCGUCUUCUUGCCCUGACUGGUCUCUUAGCCAGUUCUACUGAGGAACAGGUAUCUCUCCGAUCUCGUUCUCGUGAAGAGCUCGGGAACACAAUCAGGGAGAUGCUACUGAUGGUGACGGGUCUUGUCACGGAGGUGGAUAUCCGUGAUCAUUCCUUCCGGGAGUCUGUAGACCGCCGGAUUGAGGAAGCGCGUAGAGAGGAGAAUAUAUCUGCAACUAAUGAUGCGAGGGGGAAUCUGGCUGCUGCUCGAGAACAAAUCCAGACCCUCCAGGCGGAAUUGAACUCUGCAUUGGAGGCCCUUAAAAGGGCUGAGGAGGAAACAGCUGAGACAGCGAAGCACACCUCGUCUUUAGAAGAUGAGCUGUCUCGGACUCGCAAAGUUCUCCAAGAGUCUGAUGAGAGGGCAACGGCCUUGGAGGCUCGCUGCAAGGGAGUUUCGGAGCAACUAUCCUCUAUGGCGAAUGCUCUUCAAGAGAGGAAUGAGGCUUUGGGCCAAAAAGCGGAGGUCCAGCGCCAGUAUGAUGCCUUAAAGGCAGAUUUUGAUGGACUUCAAGCUCAUAUGAAGGAGGAGAGAACUCAGAAAGAGGCGGCCCUAGCUCGGGUGCAGGUCCUCGAGCAGGAGUUGAGUGCAAGUUCUGACCGUAUCAGAGAUCUGACUUCUUUGGCUGAAGAAUUCAAACUUCGUCAUGAUCAACUUAACCAGGAAGUCAGGGCGUUGGAAUGUAAAGCUCAGCUGGUACGCGAGCAAUGCAUAGCGGAGUAUCAGGAGUCUGACGAGCUGAAGGAGAAAAUCGUUCAGGCCGGUGAGUCGGCUGUUCAGGACUACAAGGACUCUUCUGAGUUUAAGGAGUUUGUAGCUGAGGCCUGUGAAGCGCAUCUUGGUAAAUAUUUAGCUUCUGGUGAAAUGAAGAGGGCUAUUGUUAAUGAAGCCCUUCGUUUUUACUCAACCGGCUAUAAUCGUGGUUUAAGAGAAGCUAGGUGGGCUCCUGAUACCCCGUUGUCAGAGCUUCGUAAGCGUGAAGUAGAUUCAGAUGGCGAGCCAGUAAUGUAUGGAGAGGAUGAUUUACCUAUGCCCCGGGGAGAUUGCCGUGUUGGUGGCCGGUCAACUGUGUCUUCCUCGGAUGACGCCGAGCUGGAAGAAGAGGACGUGGAAGUCCUUGGGUCGAAGGAUGACGACCCUGUUGCUGAGGAGGAGAACCCCAACCUUGGAUCGGAAAUUGCUCCUGCUGCUGAUGUUGAGAGCUCUGAUCCAAGGGAUACUGAGCUUCCUGCAGAUGUUACUGCAAAUAGGGAUAGUGUGGGCGAGGGAGUUUUAACUGAUGUAAGUCCUUUAAGGACUAUCUAUCCUCCUACUUCGCCUGAGAGGUGA